CGAGAGCCCGCCCCGGGGGCUGGACCGUAGCGCAGCUUUGGCUGGCACACAGCAGGAGAGCAGUGGCGUUAAGAGAGCUCGAGCUCUUGUUGCGCUUCAACCUCACGGAGAGAAAUAACGGCACAGGACGUUGGAACUCAUUAUGCGCUAAGCGGAGACCUGUUCCUGUGUACGGAUACUUCUGACCUGAGAUUUAAUUUUCUCUUCAUCAACAACUCAUCUCGCAGAGCUCAAAACACGAAGAAAAUAUCCUGCUGGAGUGUACUAAAAGAUACGUGGCUGUUUGCAGAGCUGAGAGGUCUAACCAACGUCCAGGCUGACGCCACCUAAGAGGACAUCUUUACAGGUACAGAUGGGGGUCUGUGAGGCUUCUGCCAGGGGCUCGACCAUGGAGGGGGACUGCCUGAGUUGCGUCAAGUACCUCAUGUUCAUCUUCAACUUCUUCAUCUUUCUAGGGGGCGCUGUUCUGCUGGCGGUGGGGAUCUGGGUGCUGGUGGACCCCAUGGGCUUCAGUGAGAUCGUGGCGGCCAACCCGCUCAUCUUCACAGGCGUGUACUUCAUCCUGUGCCUGGGCGGGCUCCUCUUCCUCCUUGGCUUCCUUGGCUGCUGCGGUGCCAUCCGCGAGAAUCGCUGCCUGCUUCUCUUUUUCUUCAUGCUCAUCCUCAUCAUCUUCCUGGCAGAGUUGGCUGCUGCCAUCCUGGGCUUUAUAUUCCGGGAGAAUCUGACCAGGCAGUACUUCACUAAGGAGCUGAAGCAUCACUAUCAGGGCAGCAACAGCACCGACGUCUUUACCACCACAUGGAACGCCAUCAUGACCACGUUUGACUGCUGUGGUGUGAAUGGUGGGGAGGACUUUGAGGAAAGCCUGUUUCGUCUUCUCAACCCAACCAAGAUGGUUCCGGAAGCCUGUUGCCAGAGGAACCAUCUCCUGGGAGACAUGAUGUUCAGGAGCCGGGAGGAUUGUCUCAAGGGGAGCAUGCUCAUUCGUCACAAGGGCUGCUACUCAGCUGUGGUUGAGUACUUUGAGACGUAUAUCUACCUGGCUGGAGCGCUGGCCAUUGUGGUGCUGACCAUAGAGCUCUUUGCCAUGGUGUUUGCCAUGUGUUUGUUUCGAGGGAUCCAGUAGCCCCACACAUGUCCAUCACAAGCACAGCACAUGAAGAGGAGGAGGAGGAGGGAAAAUGAACAAGUGUAAAAUCAACAGCAGUGUUUUGAUGUCAUGUUGAUGUUGCUGAAUGGUUCAUGAGAGUGUGUGAUCAGCACCCUGUGUGUGUACUACACAGCUGGACCUAUGGGGUACACACACAUGCCCAGAGAACACACACGCGUAAUUAUACCAAAAGUCAACAAUAAAUAAAGAGUAAAUAAUGUGUUGGUGAACAGCCAAACAAACAAAUACAACAGCAGGGUAAAUAUGACAAAAGACUCCAAUCAGGGUUGUAACAGAAUUAACUGGCAAACACACUUUACUUGGAUAAUCCUCCCACAGACAGGAGUGCGAGUUUGACAGCGUAUUUAGUCACCAUGCACACUGUGGCAAGAGUAAACACAAAGUGGGAGUCAGUUAAAGGUGCUCUAAGCGAUGCCACAUGUUUUUUAGGCUAAAACAUUUUAUGUCACUUACUGCAAACAUCACCUAACCAACCGCUAGCCGUCUGUCCUGAAUACGCUGUAAAACAAAUGCAAUCUCUGUGGACAGCCCAGGCUACAAAAACGGCAACAAAAACAACCUGGGCAAACCUAGCCCAUAAAAGCAUAACAAACUGUUCCAGAAAAUCACAGAUGAGAUGCACGUUUAGAGUUUCAA